GUGGGGGGAAAGAGAAGCAUGGCCGAUGAGCAAGAGAUCAUGUGCAAGCUGGAAAGCAUCAAAGAGAUCAGAAAUAAGACUCUGCAGAUGGAAAAGAUCAAGGCCCGCUUGAAGGCCGAGUUUGAGGCUCUGGAGUCGGAGGAGAGGCACCUGAAGGAAUAUAAGCAGGAGAUGGACUUGCUGCUGCAAGAGAAGAUGGCCCACGUGGAGGAACUGCGCCUGAUACAUGCCGACAUCAAUGUAAUGGAAAACACGAUCAAGCAGUCGGAGAAUGACCUCAACAAACUCUUGGAAUCCACCCGCCGUCUGCAUGAGGAGUACAAGCCUCUGAAGGAGCAUGUGGACGCCUUGAGGAUGACGCUGGGCUUGCAGAGGUUGCCGGACCUGUGUGAGGAGGAAGAGAAGCUCUCCCUUGACUACUUUGAAAAGCAGAAAGCGGAAUGGCAAACAGAACCGCAAGAACCUCCCAUCCCGGAAUCGUUGGCUGCGGCUGCGGCUGCAGCACAACAGCUGCAGGUGGCCAGGAAACAGGACACCAGGCAGACGGCAACGUUCAGACAACAGCCCCCGCCUAUGAAGGCUUGCUUGUCGUGCCAUCAGCAGAUCCACCGGAAUGCGCCCAUCUGCCCGCUGUGCAAAGCGAAAAGCCGGUCUCGGAAUCCCAAGAAGCCCAAGAGGAAACAAGAUGAAUGAAAAGCGGGGGAAUAAGCACUUGCCAAGGAAGCUUGAGAGCCCAC